CUCUCUCUCACAACUAUCCAGUCUUCCUGAUCAAGUUCUGCUGCCUGCCAUGGACUCUGCUCAAAGAAGAUUGGCAUCCAUCACCAACCAUCUAGUCUCCUUCCAGUUGGCCCCGACAACUGAAGGUUCACUUGAUCGACAAAACUGCAUUUCCUUUACAAACGACAGCUACAAUCGUGUUCAUGGUGAAGUUCCUACUCACAAGCCUGUCUGGAAGAAUAUCCCUGUUGAUGAGUCAGGUAAGCCAUGGACCGACAUCAUCUACGAGAAAUCUCAAGGAGAAGGCAUUGCCAAGCUUACAAUCAACAGGCCAGAGAGGAGGAAUGCUUUCCGUCCUCAAACUAUUAAGGAGCUCACUCGAGCGUUGAACGAUGCUAGAGAUGAUAUUUCCAUUGGAGCCAUCAUUUUGACUGGCAAGGGAAAUGAUGCAUUUUGCAGUGGUGGAGAUCAGAAAAUGAGAGGCAAAGAUGGGUAUUCGGAUUAUGACAAUUUUGGCCGUCUCAAUGUUCUUGAUUUUCAGAUUCAAAUGAAACGAUGCCCAAAGCCCAUCAUUGCUAUGGUUGCUGGCUAUGCUAUUGGUGGUGGACAUAUAUUGCACAUGUGUGCUGAUCUUACAAUUGCAGCAGAGAAUGCUGUUUUUGGUCAGACUGGACCAAAGGUUGGAAGCUUUGAUGCUGGUUAUGGAAGUACCAUAAUGUCCCGUUUGGUUGGACCAAAAAAGGCUCGUGAAAUGUGGUACAUGGCAAGGUUCUAUAAUGCAGCUGAAGCAGACAAGAUGGGGCUUGUCAACAUUGUUGUCCCUCUGGACAAGCUUGAGGAGGAAACUGUUAAGUGGUGCCGAGAGAUAAACAGGAACAGCCCAACUGCAAUUAGAGUGAUCAAAUCUGCGAUUAAUGCUGCAGACGAUGGGCAUGCUGGUAUUCAGGAGCUUGGAGGGAAUUGUACGCUGAUGUUUUAUGGUACCGAGGAAGGAAACGAAGGAAGGAAAUCUUUUGUCGAACACAAACAACCAGAUUUCUCCAGAUUCCCUCGUCUUCCUUGAUUUUUCAAUGACCUGUUCUUUUUAUUUUGUUUUUUGGGUUUAUUUCAGUUAUGCCUUUUGUUUGAAUAAAACAUUUAUAAUGUUCUCAGAUCUGUUGUGAGUUGUGAGUCGUGACAUCCAUAAUGUAAUAAUGGUUAGCCAAAUGGCUAAAAUGGAAAUAUGGGCAGCUUUUCUUUUUU